AUUAAAUCAGUUGCUACUAUUAUUGUUUAUAUAUUGGCGUAGCUUUGUUCUCACUAUGUCUUUACCUUCGGCCCGGGUCAAGUCAUACUUUCUUUCACCUAUAACGACGAUUCCUCCGGAAGGGCCAAUAAGGCUCGGAAGCAUAGUUGAGGAUCCGAGCUUUGUUCAGGAGCCUAUUAACAAUCCACCAGUCCCACCAGGUUCUGCCGGUGAAAAUAUAUACUUGCACAAUGCUGCCCAGAGCACUGUCGCUUUGAAAGCUUCUAAAAGCUUUGCUCUCGGUCUCUUUGUAAAGUUUCAGCAAUUCCUUCAAGGGAAAAUCGGCGAAAAAAACUCAUCCGCCGUCGAAGAGAUGUGGUCUUUUAAUAAUUUACAGACACAAUGGUUUAUACCGAGCGAUGAAUAUAUAAAGCAAAGUCUGCAGCAAAUGGAGGUGCAAAAUUUCAUCGCCCAAAACUACUCCUGGCUAAGGCGCACCAAGCUCUAUAUGGUGACCGGUAUUAUGAUUGCAGAAGGCGCUUCCUCAACUAUCAAAGCUGCAGAACAAAACGAACUUCAUCUUAGCCUAGGUGUCGAUACCCCGUUGCCGCAAGUCCCCGUUACGGUACUUCCUCAGUUGGGCCUUGAGGGCGCAUCAGGCGUAGCAAAGUCACAAGGAAAGUCAGAUACGGUUGUCUUUGCAUUCCAACUUCGGAGAAUCAAGAUUUCACCAGCUGGCGAUGUUGCACACGCGCAGUAUACUGAUGGUGCUUUAUUGUCAGUUCAUAAAGAUACCGGCUCAGACAAAAGAAGUUACCAAAUUGUCAUGGAUGGAAUCGACGACAGUGAUGUUGAUCCUGCCGAGUUUGGAUUGGAAGGUUCGUCGCUUGAUGUAGACGAUGCUACGGAAGAGAGAAGCUGAGUCGACAAUUGGGAACGAAGCCUAAGAAGAUAGCCAUCAUCUCAUAAAUUUAAAUAGGGAUAUAUAUGUAUGCUAUAAAUGAAAGCUUAAAUACUAUAUUUCGAUUACA